CACUCUGUGGGAGUUACUUCAACAAUGUGGGCGGUCAUUCCGCAAUUGGAGCUGCAAGUGGCGUCGCCAUGAGUACGUAGGACGAGGAGCGUCUGCUAUGGCUGUGAGCGCGCUGGGUAAGCGCUAACUGGUACUGUGUGUCUCUACAGGCGAAAAUGACGGCUCCGUGUCGCCUGAUCAGCUCACGUCGCUCAUCUCAGACGAGGUGGAGCGCCAACUGCGAGAACGAAGCUUCGUGCUCGAGGCGAUGAAGGAGCAGAUGGCCAAGGUACUGGCCGAGUUUGAGGAGAUGGCAUCCAACGUCAGCUCCAAGCGCUCGUGGUCCAAUAGCGUCGCCAAGACGACGAAACCCUUGGUAUCGCCCAAGAAGACGCUGUUCAGCGUGCAUCCCGUCGUCUCACCCUUGGAUACCGUUCCAUUAGCGGCGUCCUCUCCAUCCAAACUACCAAAGAUUGGCGGUGGACUUCUUAAAAGCAUCAACCCCUUUAAGGGCAACGCUAAUGGAGGGAGUCUCUCUCCAGGCUAUGCAAGAUCUCGCAGUCCCGAUGGCAAAAUUACUUUCGACAAAGUACUUCCACGAGUUGCCAACAUUGAAAAACGCCAUGACGGCUCACAGGUGAUACUGUUGCAGCAAAGACAUCACAUGUAUGAGAGAGCCUUAGUGCGAUAUCCACAGUGUCGAAGUAAUGUAUUCGCCCCGAGUGCGUACGAUUACGAAGAUACCCCUAGCUCGGAUGCAAGUGCUGCUCUUCAGGCACCCCAGGCAUCGCUAGAACUGGAAUAUGUGUAUGGAUGUCGUAGCGGAGUCACCACGUCACUGUCCAGUAGUCAUCCUCCAGCACCGAAUGCCAGCACCAACAACAACGCGUUCUAUAUAUCAAAUGGUGAGAUCAUGUGGUUCACAGCGACGUUAGUGGUGUUAUACAGGAAAGAAACCAACACACAGAGGUUUUUCCGAGAACACACGAAUGAAGUUACAAGUGUGGCGAUUCAUCCAAACCAGCGAAUUGUUGCAUCAGGACAAGCGGGGAGAUCUGCGUUUGUUCUGGUGUGGAAUGCGAAUGACGAACCACUUGGCAAGCGGUUUGCAUGCCUCAAAGGCCAUCAAGUUACAGUGAGGUCCAUCAGUUUCUCUCACGAUGGCAAACUGCUUGCUUCUUUGGGAGGAGACAUGUACAAUACGAUUUGUAUUCACGACUGGAAAGCGCAGGAACUGCUGGUUAGUGCUCGAGGUCAUACAUUCCGAGUUCAUGCGGUCGCCUUUAAUCCUUUCCAGGCGUAUGGCCGGCCCGAAGCAAAUCGAUCCAAGAAGCCAGGACAGGCUCUACACGACGACGAUGCUUGUUACACUCUGGUCAGCUGUGGUGUUCGGCAUAUUCGCUUUUGGACUCUCACAAAAGGUGACUAUGUCCCACCCCCUUCAAAGGAAAAGGCGGAUAGUGCAUUCUAUGGGUCCACAUUUGGUGGUCCUCAACGAUUGCGUCCUCCAACUCCGACUGAAAAAGUGUGGAAGCUAGAAGGCAACGUCCCGUCAUUUCAUGGUCGUUUUGAGGUCCAAGAUUUUACAAGUUUGACCUUCGUAAAUGAUUCCCCACCACUCUACAUGUAUGAUGAGCACUCCAAGGAACUAGUCGCGACAAAUAUCACUGAUCAUUCUCUUGGCCGGAUUGUAGCUGGUACUGCGAAGGGGGAUAUAUGCUUGUUCUUGCAACCAAGAGCUAGUCCAGGUAUUCACACCGUGUCGGAGCGUGAUUUACAGAAAGAACCUGCGAAAUGGUGGGAAAUUCCUGACGAAUAUACCGAUGCAGAGAUAAACGAGCUCGUGCUGGAAAAAAUCACAUACGAACCAACAGGAAGACUUGUUGACGUCGUGCCUCACGAUCAAGAAACUGGUAAUCGAUUUAAGCUACCAAAACAAGCUCAAGUAGAGAUGGAAGGCCUGUCCAAGAAAAUGGCGCUAUGGCCUAACGCGACAGCGUUGCAUUCGCGUUUGGAUGGACUCAAGUAUAGUGGACCCCUGGCUCACCAAGGAGCAGCGUUUCAAGUGGCAUACUCCAAGAAGCGCAAUUUGAUCAUGUCGUGUGGAAAUGAUGGGAAAUUACUGUUGUGGACAUGCCGACUUAGCAAGCCCAUGCGAGUUCCUGGAGUUAACACACAAGGCGUUUUCACGCCACUGACAGACACAUUUGCAGAAGGUUCGCACGCACUACUUCCUUUGGAUGACCCGAUGAAGGCAUUCCAUUUGCCUACUGCACUCCCAAAUGCAUUUAGCGCAGGUGGCAAUGCUACUACACCGAAGCCCACGAGCAUUGUCUGGAAAGAUGAUGGCAAUUUUGUGCUUGUUGCCACUAGCAAUAGCUGCAUUUGGGAACUCAACAUCGUUUCCGGAGAAUGGAAUUUGCUUUUUGAAGCUCACACUGGUGCGGUGGCGGCCUGCUCGGCAGACCCUACUGUGCAGGAGGCAGCAACAAUAUCUCAAGAAGGAUAUCUUAGAUUUUGGGACCUCGACCAGCACUUGUGUAUACGCCGUCUGUACCUCGGCAAUUUCAUCAACUCUAGCGUUAAAGCCUUCUGUAUGGAGCACCACCCCACCGGCCACGAACUUUCAAUUGGACUAAGUUCAGGUGAACUCCUGGUUGUGGACUGUCACGAUUUUAGGGUCUCGCUACGGAAAAGCAUUAAGCCAACCACUGCAAGUACAGCAAAUGCGCAUUUGGGCCUAUACGGAAUCGCCCAGGUGAAGUACUGCCCCAACGGAAAAUAUUUAGCUGUGGGGGUGAAGGAUACUUUUGUGUACAUUUUCGAUGUCAUCAAUGGCUACAAAAAACUCCAUGUCUGCGAAGGUCACUCGAGUGCCGUGACGCACUUGACCUGGAAUAUGGACGGUGACAUCCUGCAAAGCAAUGCAGCGGAUGGUGAAAUUCUACAUUGGCUAAUAUCUCCUACGAAAGGAGAAACCAAGCAGAUUACUGACGCUUUCCUCAUUCGCGACGUGCAGUGGAUUAAAUUGACAUGCGUGUUUGGGUGGCCAACGCCUGGCAUCUGGUCAGAAGACUCACCCAAUCUUGUGGACAUUGCUGCAGUCUGCACGACGGGUCCAAAGUCGGUGAAUGAGCAUGAAGAAUUAGAAAACACAUACUCAACCUCAAAUGAAGACUUGUUGGCUGUUGCUUGUCGAUCGAGUAUUCAUCUUCUCAAGUACCCUUCUCAUCGUGGCGCCAAACGAAAAGUUUACAAGGCUCAUUCAUCAGCAAUUACUGCGAUUGGUUUCUCCUUUGACGAUGCGUUUUUAGUUACUGUUGGUGGCGACGAUGGAACACUUAUACAAUGGAAAGUUGUGUCUGAAGGUACAAGUCCUUCUCGUGUCGAUGCAAAUUUCGGUACGAAAAAUGCACAUCAAAUUCAGUUAACAUACGACGAUAACGUCGGAGAACGGCAUAGUUCGACUCCUGUUCCUCCCCCACACGAUGACAAGCCUAGAUCCAGUCAACUCUCACCACGCAAGCAGUCUCGACAAUACCGUGAGCGGCCUAUUUAUCAAGAUGACAGUUUUAAAGAGUUUCAAAAUGACCAAAUUGACUCCGAAGUACAAGAAGCUGCGUUAAACGUUAAAAGUUUGCAUCAGAGUACGAACGACGGGGAUUCGACAACCGAUAGAGAAACAAAGGAGGAAUCACCUGACACUAACCAAGGUAUCAGCUAUCGAAGGGCAGUGGAUAAUGACGACCAGCUACCAGUUCCCAUCCAAGUUCGUGUAAUACGCGACUAUACAGCUGAAAAACCGGACGAUCUGAGUAUGAAUCGUGGGGAAAUCCUCCGAGUGCUCUCAAAAGGUAGCGGUGAAUGGUGGCUUGGUGAGACGUGUGACGGCACCAAGGGUUAUUUUCCUGCUACUUUUGUAGAAGAUAUCGACCUUAGCAUCCCCUCCACCGACGAAGAGCCCAUAGCAAGCGAAGAUCAACUAGCAGAAGGGUAAAUAUGAUCAGUACAUUUUAAGUUGAAAUUCGUCUGCGACGUGUGAGAAAUAAUGGCUACAUAUCCGGUGGCUCUAGCCUACAAAUCACAUACCGAAUCACA